GCCUGAUUGAGUAGCCCAACUCCAAGGUUUUCGCCUAAAAGCCCAGCCGCCCAAGCGACGGCCAUAGCCAAAAACCCUAGGCCGCCGCCACACCGCCCUCACGCCAUCCGCGCCGGCGCCGCCUCCCCCCACCGAUCCUGGCGAAAGACCUCGCGCGGGGGCACCGGAGGCGGAGAAGGGAUGGCGUCCGACGGGGACAACAAGCGGCUGUUCCGCGUGCGGCGCACGGUGUUGCAGAUGCUGCGAGACCGCGGGUACCUGGUGAAGGACGACGAAAUCAAGCUGUCCCUGUACGAGUUCGUCCAGCGGUACGGUGACUCCGUCCGCCGCGACGAGAUCGUCAUCCAUUGCGAGAAGGACGGCGACCCGAACGACAAGGUCGACGUCUUCUUCCUCGACGAGUCCAAGACCGGCUUGGGCGUAGUCAGGAGCUGCGUCGACAAGAUGAAGCAGCAGAACGUCACCAAUGGCAUACUCAUCUUGCAGAAGGCGCUGAGCGGCCCCGCCAGGACCGAGGUCUCACAGAGCAAGAAGUACCGCCUCGAGGUCUUCCAGGAAGGGGAGCUUCUUGUGAACAUUACGGAACACCAUCUCGUUCCCAAGCACGAGCUCCUGAAUGACGAGGAGAAGAAGGAGCUGCUGCAGAAAUACACUGCCCACGAAACUCAGCUCCCCAGGAUUCAGCUCACGGAUCCGGUGGCAAGAUACUACGGCAUGAAGCGUGGGCAGGUGGUGAAGAUCACCCGGAAGAGCGAAGUCGCCGGAGAAUAUGAGACCUACCGCUACGUCAUCUGAGCCUCACAACAUUCCCAAGGCUUGAGAGGUUGUUCUGGGAGUUCAAAUGGUUCCUCCUUUGCUAAUUCCUCUCAGUUUGAAGCAUCACUGUCUAUCGGGGAACCAAGAUGCUCGCUGAAGCAGCUUGGUGCCCCUUUGUUUGUAACUUGUCUGGCAAUUCGACAUGAGGGUGUUAGCUAGAAAUAGGUUUCUCUGUAGAUGUGCUGUGCUCCGUGCUGCUAAACUGCUAAGUAAACUCUUGACUGUAUACGUGAGAUGCGUCGGUCCGUUCUGAAAUUCAGUUACUUGUGCGCCCCGA